AUGAGCAAUAAGUCUGCUGAAUUUUUCAAUCCAGAAAAUUUGCCCGUGGAAAAACUAACUCUCUCUGUUUCCAAUGUAGGGGUAGUACAAGACAUAAAUGCUCUGGACUCAUAUUGGGUGGAAAACAGACAGUUAACACUUUAUGAACGGCCACCUUCGGGUAGUGACAUAGUCGUAGGUGCUGUUGAUGCCUGGGUGACAAAGAUGGAGAUUUACUUAAAGAAUCUUAAAUGGCUGUUGGGCUUGGAGCAUCAUAGAUUCUGGAGUACAGUAUUAUAUCAUCCAAAUUGUAUGGACUCUUUAAUUUCCUUUCUGCAAGAAGCCAGCCCACCUUACAUGCCUCCACAUGAAAGCAAGAAUGUACAAAAACUUUAUGAAGAAAUCAGAAGACUGAUACUUAUAAUUUUCAGUAGGCUUAUCACUAAUAAAGAGAGUAAGUCACGUUGGAUGAGCAAGGAAUAUAUGGCAACAAUGAUCUACGACAGGUUCAUAUUCACAGUACCAGUGUUAUGGGACAUAUGUUUGACAUACGGUGUGGACAAUUCUCAACAUGUGUCAAGGUUAUUGGAUGCUGUUUUCAAAAUUCAGCCACAGUAUGAAAAAGAUUCCGCAGCAGCUGUAACUUUUGUCAAAGAGGCCUUCAAAUUCAUAAUCCUGCAAGUAAAUAAGGACUUUGACAACGAAGAACCUCCAAACCUUCCUGAAACCUUCAAAGGAUUCAGUGAGAUUAAGAAACCUUCCAACAACAAGAGUCAAGAUUCACUGACGUUUGAUAUUCUACGAGAUCUAAUAAUACAUUUAUUAGACACGGCUAUGACGUUACGAAUAUUUUUAGAGAACUAUCCGAAAGGUGUACAGAUUUUUAGAAAGACUAAUUUUAUUUUAAGUGCAGUCCAGCUAUAUGAAUAUGGGAUACCGAAGUUGUAUGAGAAGUUGGAAGAAGUUGGCGAUAAAUCAAGCAAUGUGUACACGGAGGUUGAGGAAUAUAUAGACUUGGCGAGGGCAGAACUGAUUGAUAUUUUGAGGGAAAUAUUAGCCAUAUACAAGAAUGCCAUAUUCAGUGGGGAGGGCAGUACAGCAAGCCAUGUUGAAGAUUUCCUCGCAGUGAUGAUGGACGCCCUCGCCGAAAAGCUGCUAAUUCGGGACUACCACCUAUGUUACCCGAUCAAUGAGGAUCUGGAGAUGCUGCGACAGGCAUACCCCGAUAUAGAUACAGUUAAGACUGAUUUUAUUUUACAAGCUAUAUAUUCAAAUUUAGAAGAGCCUAUACCCGAAGAUGCACUAGGCAACAAUACAGAGGCCUUAACGAACGGCCAUAUUGCAACCACAGAUAAUGUCGAACCAGGUCCUUCCACAGACAAUGAAAUACCCGAUAACAUAAAGGAGGAAUCAUUGAUAAGUGAAGUGAAGGAUAUCUUUCCACAUUACGGUGACGGAUUUAUACUGAAAUGCUUGCAACACUACGGAUUUAAUACCGAGAGAGUUAUUAAUAGUCUUUUAGAAGGUACUUUGGCGGAACCCUUAAAAGGAAUAGACCAGUCGCUUCCGAUAAUCCCGGAAGACCCGGUGGAUAAAAAGUUCCUAGAAACGGGCAUACAGAGGCUCAACGUAUUCGAUGGAGACGAGUUCGACAUCAUGACCCGCGACGACGUGGACCUGAGCAAGAUCCACGUGGGCAAGAAGCGGGGCAAGUACAAGAACCUCAAGGAGAUGCUGGACGACAAAACCGAGGUUAAGAGUCGGAUUGACAUCUAUAGCAAAUAUAAUCUGGUGUGCGAAGACGAAGCGAUGUACUCCGACGAGUAUGAUGAUACGUACGACUCUGACGGCGUGGUGCCUGCGGCUGACUCCGCUGAUGACCCAAGGAGACCCUUCGUUACGCCCCGGGUGCUUGCCAACACACGACACGAGUCGGAAGAGUCUGAAGAAGAAGAGGAGACUAAGCAGAACGAGGCGGAGAAAGCCAAUGCGAGUGCGAACAGGAAUAGAAUGGAUUUCUGCACGAAUCCCGAGGAAAUUCGGGCUCGGAGAGAAGCCAACUUCCACGCGAGAAGGGGAAAAGGGUUCCGACCACCACCACCUCGCAACACAGACGUUACGGGUAAACCAAAGGGUCAAGGUCAAGAUAAGGAGGUCCUAGUAAACAGGGACAAGAAGGAGAAGCACAAAUCUUCACGAGCCAACCACAAUAGAAGACAAGGGGCCCAGUGGAAACGAAGUCAGGGUAUGAUGCCCUCUUAG